AUGACGACUUCAAAGCCCGCACAGGUUGUUGAUUCUGGCGCUUUUGUGUUCAUUUGUUUUGUUGGCACCGGUGCGUCGACUACGUCCCGUUCCAAAAGUUUGACUGGCAAGAGUGUGCAAAAGACUGAGACGUUGUGCGAGUGUCUGCGAACCAGUCAGGAGAAGAUGGAAACGGGGUCAAUCCUGUUCGAAGAAGAAGGAAACCUGGCCUCAGUUCAGCUCAGCUCGAGCCGGCUCUACUCCUCCAGCCUCCAAACUUUCUUCACUUCUGGCACUUUUGCCAGAAUGCAUUUGUGA